AUGCUGAUGCCAAAGUCAGUUGCAUUACUCAGAAUAAGAUACACUUUGGAAGCCGCUCUGGCAAGAGGUUUCACAACAGUGAGAGACUGUGGGGGUGCAGAAGGCUUUCUGAAAGCAGAGAUUCGUCAGGGAUCCUUGAAUGGUCCCAGAUUAAUUACGUGUGGACAUGCCAUUUCCCAAACUGGUGGUCAUGGCGAUCUGAGAUCUGGUGCCCUACCUGCUAGUGCCUUUGACAGCUGUUCAUGCCACUUUGGUCAAGUUGGUGUUGUAGCAGAUGGUGUUCCCGAAUGCUACAAAGCGGCCAGAGAAGAGUUUAGAAGAGGUGCAGACUUUAUUAAGAUUAUGGGUGGUGGAGGUGUGGCCUCUCCAACUGACAAAAUAUCAAACAAACAAUUUUGCGACGACGAAAUAAAAGCACUUGUAGAUGUCGCAAAUAGUUACCACACAUACGUAACAGCACACGCCUACACUGCGGAAGCGAUACAAAAUUGUAUCAAGUUAGGUGUUAAGGGUAUCGAACACGGAAACUUAUUAGAUGAACGUACCGCAGAGCUUAUGGCAGAAUUGGGUUGCUACUUGACUCCAACACUAGUUACCUACAAAGUGAUGGGUUCUGAUCAAUUUAGUGCAUUCUUGGGACCUGAAAAUAGUAGAAAAAAUACAGAGGUGCUUUACAAAGGAAUUGAUGCAAUGAAAAUUGCCCAGAAAAAAAAAGUUAAAAUUUGUUUUGGUUCAGAUUUAUUGGGUCCUCUAUAUGGUUAUCAAACGCAAGAGUUUCGUAUUAGAGGGAAAGUUCAAACGACACAAGAGAUUUUGCUCUCAGCAACUGUUACUCCUGCCGAAAUGAACGGAUUAGGCGAUAAAUUGGGACAGAUUAAGCCAGGGUUCAUUGCUGACCUACUGAUGAUGAAAUCAAAUCCGUUGGACGAUAUAACGAUUUUGGAUGAACCCGAGAGCAACAUACUAUUUGUCAUGAAAGAGGGAAGGAUAUAUUGA